AGUAAAUCAAUGCAUGCAAGAAAUAGAUACAAGGACAAACCUCCUGACUUUGCAUAUCUGGCUUCCAAAUAUCCAGAUUUUCAGCAGCAUGUUCAGAUAAAUCUGAAUGGAAGAGUGAGUAGAGAAAAAUAAACAGAAACAAUGGCCUCAGGGACUUUCAGAGGAUCAAUGAAUGCUUCAAAGACAAUUAGUCUUAAUUUUAAAGACCCUGAAGCAGUCAGAGCUCUGACUUGUACUCUCCUAAGAGAAGAUUUUGGACUUUCUAUUGAUAUUCCGCUGGAGAGACUAAUUCCCACAGUUCCCUUGAGACUCAACUAUAUUCAUUGGGUAGAAGAUCUGAUCGGUCAUCAGGACUCUGACAAAAGUACUCUCCGAAGAGGAAUUGACAUAGGGAAGAAAAAAGACAUUGAGUUAAAAGAAGAUGUUCUCUUAAUUGUAAUCUUCUGCAAUGGGGAGGACUGUCCUGUUUGAUUCAUUUGGGAAUGUAAGUAGAGAAGCAGAAGGAAAUGAAGCCAUGGUACUGGGGCAUCCUGCAUCUAUCCUUUACUUGGAACAACCUUAAAUGGCUGGUAUUUCCUUGCAACAGAAGUAGAUGACAUGUGCUUCAACUAUGCAAAGAAGAAUGUGGAACAGAAUAACUUAUCGGAUCUUAUAAAAGUGGUAAAAGUACCACAGAAGACACUCCUGAUGGAUGCUCUUAAAGAAGAAUCUGAGAUAAUCUAUGACUUUUGCAUGUGCAACCCUCCCUUUUUUGCCAAUCAGUUGGAAGCCAAGGGAGUAAACUCUCGAAACCCUCGAAGACCCCCACCUAGCUCAGUAAAUACAGGAGGGAUCACAGAGAUCAUGGCAGAAGGAGGCGAAUUAGAGUUUGUUAAAAGGAUCAUCCAUGACAGUUUACAGCUUCAAAAAAGAUUAAGGUGGUAUAGCUGUAUGCUGGGAAAGAAAUGCAGCCUGGCUCCUCUGAAGGAAGAACUUCGAAUACAAGGGGUUCCUAAAGUCACCUACACUGAAUUCUGCCAAGGUCGGACAAUGAGGUGGGCUUUGGCUUGGAGUUUUUAUGAUGAUGUAACAGUACCAUCACCACCAAGUAAGCGAAGAAAAUUAGAGAAGCCAAGGAAACCCAUUACGUUUGUAGUAUUGGAAUCUGUGAUGAAAGAAUUAUCCCUCAAAGCAUCGUCUUUGGGCUCUGAGACAGUGGAAGGCAUAGUAGUUGUGACAACAUGGAUUGAAAAAAUUCUCACCGAUCUGAAGGUCCAGCAUAAACGAGUUCCCUGUGGAAAGGAGGAAAUUAGCCUUUUCCUAACAGCCAUAGAAAACUCCUGGAUUCACUUAAGGAGGAAGAAAAGGGACCGAGUGAGACAACUGAGAGAAGUUCCCCGAGCUCCCAAGAACGUCAUCCAAGCCUUGGAAGAGAAAAGGUCCCCCGCUAAAGAGUCUGGCAAGAACCAAGACUUGGCUCAGGGUCCCCAGGAGAGUGCUCUGUGUGGGCCUGCUCUACAGGAAGGCGAGUCUGCUACUGUGGAGGGCCAUGGCCCAAACCAGGACUCGCUUUCCCAGGAGGAAAACCCAGAACCCAUGGAGGAUGAAAGGAGUGAGGAAAAGGGAGAGAUGGAGGUUUGGGAAAGUUGUAAAGGCUCCAGUAAUGGAGCCCAGGACCAAGAGGCUUCUGAGCAAUUCAGCAACCCAGUAUCUGAAAAAGGGAACCAUCUCCAAAGAGUGGCUGGAUGUUACCUAUUCAAGUGUUUGAUAAACGUUAAGAAGGAGGUAGAUGAUGCCUUAGUUGAAAUGCAUUGGGUUGAGGGCCAGAACAGGGAUUUGAUGAACCAGCUUUGUACUUAUAUACGUAACCAAAUUUUCAGGCUUGUUGCUAGUUAACUCCAAACUCCUUGCACAGUAAAGCAGCUUGCUUUGGAGUGUGGCCUGUGGGGUGGCAAGCUGAAUCCCACCAUUGGCCUGCUGGAAUUAUCUGAAACAAAUUAAUCCAUUUUAAACAUCCCCCUCCCUUUUUUUUUAAGUUAACAGGGCCCUGUAGUAUGGUAGUUCAGAGGAAGAAUUGUGAUUAUUUGCAUCAACAAAAAGCCAUCAGUAAACUCACAAGGGAUUUAAACCUGACUUAAGCUGAUCACCUUAGCUUUAGACUGGUUUUCUGAGGCCAAAAGGAUUAUUUUUGCAGUCUGAUCCUGGUCAGAACUUACAGAGCAUCACACUCUGUCACCCCUGGUUGCUUCCUGAGAAGGGGUGACUUUCUCAACCCCCUGGUGGAGGUGGUAUACCAGAUAGCCCUGUACCUUCUUCUAAAGUCACCUUCAAGACUGAAGACUUUGGGUACAUAUAGUUGAUGACCCCUGUGUCAGUCCUGAGAAGGGAACUGGCCUAAUGGUAGGUGGCGGGAGAGUCAGGGAGAGAAAGCUCAGUAAUGCCAGGAAGAAGGGCCAAUCAGGAAGCGCCUGGAAACGUCGGAAACAUUGGCAUAUUCCUGACUCUUGUCUGUUUUGAUGUUGGUUAUUUCAGAAACAGAAUUAGGGAAUCAAAACUGCCAGAUGUGACUGAGAUACAGCAGAAUGUAUCUCAGAUACAGAAUGUAUCUCAGAACAGAAUGAAGCAGAAUGAUACCCCUACCUCCAACCUGUUUAAAGUACUAUUUUGUAGCAGUUUUACUGGUGUGUGAUAUUUUUUAAUUUGUUUCGACAUUUGAAGUGGAGCUAAUAUAAGAGUAUUCAGAAUUGAAAACUGUCAAUCCUGUUUGAAUCCUGGGGUUGGGGAAAAUAUUUUCUUGGCUUUGAAUGGAUAGGUGAUUGAUGAUAGAAAUAAAAAUGGAGUAAGAUAGUUAUGUGUAGUAAGUUGCUUAAGAAAGUCUCAUCUAUUGGCAGAUAAGUUGUCGCUGAUCAAAGACGGUUUUUUGGGGUUCCCUUGUAAUCCCUUCUUUGUUUACCUGUUACCAUUGGAGAAUUCUAAGGCCGAGGUAACCAUGUUCUUAAAACAUGUUUCUAAUUGUAGUGUCAGGGCUUGGCAGGAAUGUCUCUGGAAAAGGAGUCUCUCUUUUAUUCUCUUGGUGUCUCAGUUAUCCUCUGCUGUGCUUGACUUUUCAUGGCUUGAUUUUACACCAGCAGCCUAGGGUUCUAUUUAGCCUGAAAUUUCUGAGUAUGGUGCCAGAGCUCCUUGCUAUCUGCGAAGAAGACUGCGUAGUUAAGCCACACUUUUAAAAGGUGACAUUGGUUGGGGCAGAAAACUGGUGACCUUGGCAUACUUUAGCAGCAGCUAGACCAGUCCCUCAGCAAAGAUACAGGAAAUGGAAAUAGGACCAUAUUAUACCUCCCUAUGGCCGUGGAGACAGAGCUGCAGAAGAGAACAUAUUAACCAACCAGUGUUCUUAACCUGGUCCAUGAACCUCUGGAGAACCCAUAGCCACCUGGAUUAUUUCCGAAAGCUCUGGACAUAUUUGGGGUUUUCUUCUGGAGAGAAGGGUCCCUGACUUAGAGCAGUUAGUAACUCACUGAGGAUUAGGAACCACUAUGCUAGUCCAGCCUCUUCUUUGACAGGAUAAGGAAACCAACACCCAGGGUCCCACAGAGCCAAGAUUCAUUGCAGGGCCCUAGAUUCCUGUGCUCAUCUCCUGUACUCACCCACACCAUCCUGCUCUGCUUACCUCUUAGGACACAUUGGAAUCAUAUGCUGGACCCAAACCUAGUUUAUAUCUUCAUAAAAUUUUAGGAUAAGUGAGUUAGACGACAACCAUUCACUCGAUAAGUGAUCAUUAAGUAUUUGCUUGUUUGUCUCACUAUAAAAGAGUAGUGUAUGCUCAUUAUUAAAGAUCUGGAAAGAUGAAAGGAGAAAACAGCUUCAAAAUCACCCCUAGUCUCAACCUUCUGAAGCACAGCCACGAUUGGUAUCUCAGUGUUUCCUUCUAGUCUCUAAUCUCUUUCUGUAGAUGGGGUGUGUGAGUGUGUGGGUUCAACUUUGGUUGUGUUCAUGCUGCAGUUUUAUAUUAAGCUCUUUUCUCAUCUGAUGUCUUGUAUUUUUCCAUGUUGUCACAGGAGUGCAUUAUUUAUGCUCCUCGCCUGUUCAAACUGUGCUUCAGGUACAGUAUUAGCCUUUGUUUAAGUCUGAUACUUAGAGGUCUCCAAAGAAUCCUCUGUGGACCUGCAGGCCCGGGAGAUGUGUCUUGUGUCUAUAUGUGUUUGGUGCCCCAGGUUUAAGGCCUGGUGUCAUGGAGGACGUUUUGUAGGUGUUAAGGUAAUGCUCUUAGAAUUUAAAAAGUAUGUGACAACAGAAGCUUCCAGUGCCAGAGCUGUGAGUGCCAUUUUUGCAUUUGUGUGUCUUCGUUUCCUUCUCUGAAUAGCUAUUUCUAUUUAAUGAGAGAACAUUGAAACUUUUGAAAAAACAUCUAAAAAUUCUUUCACUUACGCAUAUACUUACAACGCGUGUGAUAUGUGGUAGCCUACACCUCUGAUAUGGGGAAGAGGAAUUUUUUUAGAAGAAAUAGGUUAUUGACCCAGGUAUCAUAAUGUUGAGUGAUACUUGCCGAAGUGUCUAGAGGUCAAGUUCAUGUUGAUGGAUUGGUGUGGAAUACGAUCUUUGUGGUAUUAUCUUAAAUUCUAUUCUGGUCCCUUGCAUUGGCUUCUGAUCUCUUGAUAACCAAAGUGGGAACAGAAGCUGAACUUGUUUUCCAAGGAGGGGAAUAAGCUGCUUUUGUUCUUUGGAAUCUGCUUUGCUUCCAGCAGUUUGGUCCCUUCACCCCACAUCGUUGCCCAGGUAUUCACACGCCAGAGCAUCGCUGCUUGUCCUAGUAGGGUUAGUGUCUCUGUGUUAGAGUUUCAGCUGACCUUAAUUAAGGGUGCAUGUGGAUUACUUAAAACUUUAGUAUAUAUUUUUAAAAACAUGAAACCUCUCUUCUCUUGAUAGAAAUCAAAGCUUACCAUGUGAGCACAGCAACUUCUAAGCUCUGACAAGUAAUAAAACUGCAGGGUGUGAAAAAGAUGCAAAGGCCUGUAGAAAAUUCGAGGCCUCCUGUAAGCCCCUCCUUCUUACUUAAACCGAGGCAUUUUCCUCUGUAGCCACAUGGGGGCGUAUUUGGCCCUUUUAUCAACUUCACUGUGGCGUGGAUAAAAUAGUGUCCUUGGUAUUGUCUUGAAAUAUCCAGUUGCUACUCAGAUAAACAUUUUUAUGGAAGCAAGUAUAUUUUAACAUAAAAAAAUUAGAGAGAUAAAAGUAGAAAUAAAGAAAACCCCACCACCCUGCAGUCUGGGCAUAAGCUUUCAACCUUUUAAUGUUUCUUUAUGGUACCAGUUGACUUGUCCUGCUACUCUAAAAUAUAUCCAGGUUGGGUCAGUCCCUUGGAUCAACUUUUUAUUGGUCUCUAGUUAAUGGGGGUACCAGAGGGGGAUGUUUAGUGAUUUUAAAUAGUAACUUUUCAAAAGCUUUAUGUUGCAGGAAGAGUAAUAUAGAGAGCCUUAAGAAAGAAGCUGCUUUCAAUCUUCUUUUGUCUUUUAAUUCUUGUUUUGGUUUAUCUGGCUGCUGGAGAGCAUGCAUGUGCUGUGUUAUUUACAUAAAACAUUGUCACAGUUGGUUCUGUGUUAGGUAUAUUAUACAGGUUAGCUGGGCCUUCUUUUCCACCAGAGGUGUUUCUGUGUGGAACAUGUCUGUCACUAACCCUGGGUCUGUGUGGGCUCAAGGGGAAACUCCAUCUGCCCUUAUUUUUAUGGCCGAGGAGGAACAGAUGUCCUAGGUGGCCAUGCAACAGACCUGUACAUGAGGAGGAAGAAGGUCCAGUUUGGGAAACUAAGGAACCCUCUGAGAGAAGGAAGGUCUCAAAGGUGCAGCAGUUUUACAGCCAGCCAGGAGGUGCCCUGGGAAAGGGAUGUGACCACAACUUUUUUGGAGAAGUUAAUGCUCAGGAGAAUCAGUUUGCUGAAUGGGCACUAACCCCAGGAAAACCCAGAAGAGGCUUUACUGGUGAGAAUGGAUUGGCCUCUGCCUCUUGGAGCAGGGCAUUGAUGGUCUUGAACUUCCUAAUGCUCCCAAGUACAAACCUCUUGGUGCUCGUGCCAGUACAGUAUUAGAAAGCCCUGCGUGAGGCUCACCCACGAGCAGCAGGGCCUCACACACAUACCAGAGAGUUCCUGCUCUGCUCUGUAAAGACAUUCAGAUCCUCUGCUGUGACUCACCCAAAUGACUAAAACAGCGGUUUAUGUUUUUCAAUUGCUGGUUGGAACAGCUAAUGCUGCCUUUCGGAGGCUUUGCUUUUACCCCAGGGGACUGUGUUGUGACUGAAGGCCUUGCAGCUCUGCAUGCCCUUUGAGGUGCAGCCUCUCUGCCUCUCUCAGCCCCAGCAGAGACAUGGGGGGCUCCGGCUCUCUUCAGGGAAGUGAGGGACCACAGGUGCUUAUUAGGAGCCAGGGAACGGAGAUAAGACGGAGUGGACCAGAAAGUGCAGGGGAGCGGAAAACAGAGAAGAGCACAGCCUUCACAGUUCAUCAGACCUGGGUCUGCGUUCCAGUUCUACUUACAGGGUCAGUCAUUCUCACUAAAGCUUGGAUUCCUCAUACAAACGUUGAAGAAUUCUUGCUUCCCAGAGUUGUAGCAGCAGUUAAGUGAGAGAAAUACUAAAGCACCUGGGAGAGUCCAUGAACAAAGAGUAGGCGUCUCAACUUGUUCACCUCUUUUUAGUCUCCUUUGAGUUUUCUAUCUCUGGUCAGAAAAUCUUCUACCAGGAGACUCAGGUGAAAAGGCUGAGACCUCAAGUGUAUAACUGCGGGUGUAGACUGCCACUCUCUGACUGAGAGCAAAAUCCAAGCUCCUGUGUACUGGGAGGAUGAACAGGGAACCAGUACUUAUUGUCCGUCCUCUAUGUAAAUUGUCUGACUUAGUAACCCUUCAAAGAAGUAUGGAGUCCCUGUGUGAUCAGUUAAAGAAGUGGCAGCUCAGAGAACUUAAGUGACUUGCCCUAAGGUUGUUCACAGAGCUAAGUCACAGAGGUGGGACUUGAACUCAGGUCCAGAGAUAAGAGACUGAGAUUUCAUACCAAAUCUCAAGAUUCAUAACAAGUGCUACACUGAGGGUGGAAAUAGACUUCUGGGCUUAUUUGACCCAUCUCUAGGGAAGGAGACUUCAAUGAUAUGACACAGGGAAUAGAAAAGCAUCUCUUACCCACCUUCACAAUGUAGCAUUUGAAGGUAAUUUUCCAGCCUAUGAUCAGUGAACAAGAUGUAAUAAGUGAAAUUGCUUAUAAUUAGUUCUUAACUUAUGCUACCAAAUCUUUAUAGAAUUUUGUAUUUGGCAGUAGUACAGAUAAUUAAGUAGAUAGCAAAACCACAAAAUAAAAUGUCUAAUGCAAGCACAUGUUGCAUCAGAAUCAAUGUAAAAUAACCGAUAAUUAGGUAACGACUCUUUUGACAAUAUGUAAUUGUAUAAUAACAGAAGAAAGUUUUUUUUUUUUUUUUUAGGCAGCAUCAAAUAUUUCACUUACAGAAUGCAAAACUGACGUAUUUUCUGAUCUUGCUGGAGAAGGUAACAAUUGUUAUAAAAAUAGCAAGUCGUCUUCCCCAGGUAGAGGAAUGGACUGUGUAAAUCUGGAGAGAAGGAAAGGCUGCCUGCCAUCGGGUGGGCCCAUUCAGGGAGUGUGGCUGAGCGUCUGGGAGCAGAGCCGGGAAGUCCCCAGCUGGGGGCGGGCCCUGGCAGCCAUGCAGGGAAGCCUGUGCUGCUUCUGCCCAAAAGAAGGCUGCCCAGGGAGCGCCGCUGAGCCUGGGGCAGUGGGUGAGAGCGGGCUUGCUCCCCUACGUUUGUAAUUCCAGACGCUCUUGGGUUUUGUUCUCUUUUGCUUUUUUGUUUUUUUAAAAAAUUUAUUUUAUUUAUAUAUUUUUGGCUGAGUUGGGUCUUCGUUGCUGCUCGCGGUCUUUCUCUAGUUGUGGAGAGCGGGGGCUACUCUUCGUUGAGGUGCGCAGGCUUCUCCUUGUGGUGGCUUCUCUAGUUGCGGAGCACAGGCUCUAGGUAUGCGGGCUUCAGUAGUUGUGGCUCGGAAGCUCUAGAGCGCAGGCUCAGUAGUUGUGGUGCACGGGCUUAGUUGCUCCGCAGCAUGUGGGAUCUUCCCAGACCAGGGCUCGAACCCAUGUCCCCUGCAUUGGCAGGCGGAUUCUUAACCACUGUGCCACCAGGGAAGCCCUCCAGAGGCUUUUGAUACGAUGUCUCUUGCUGGGAAAUGGGCAUUCGCAGUCUGGUCAGGAUCCCUAAUUCAGGUAUGUUUGUCCCAGGAUUUGCCUUCGGGGGCCAAACGUGGGGCUUAUGGGUCAAACGCUGGCCUCUAUUUCAGUGAAGUCUAGAUGAGCAUUAAUGAGGACUUUCAUUCACAAAGGGAAGUAUUUCCUCAUCUUCUACACCAGGGGCCAGGCGAGAAGGGCUGGAGCUCCCACUAAUGGAGUACUCCUGCUAUGAAGUAGCUUUUUUUCAAUUCCGGUUGUUAUUGCCAUGCAGAAAUGGCUGCCCAGUGUUGUUGGGUCUUCCUCUUCUUUCUUGAGGAAAUCCAGAAAUCCAGAUUUAGGAGAAGUAUGUAAACCCUAACAGUGAAAUCAGUAUUUUGUAGAGACCUGGUAGACCACCAGUUUGUGGCCUCUUCUACCACCAAGUGGUAGAAGUGUCUACGUGUUUGCUGCCUCCACUUUCCUCACUCUUUAUUAAAGCUACUGAAGUCUGGUUGCUGCCUACCCUCCCAUUUUAAGAGUUCUCCUCACCUCUUAAAGGGAGAAUCCCAGAUUCUAUCCAUGGGCCUCGCUUUUUUCUCUCACUUGUGGCUGACCGUGUCCACUCCGUGACUUCAGUCCUGCUCACUCCUACAUUCAUCACGCCCAAGUCUAGGCCUUUCCUCAACUUCCAACACCCACGUAGCUAGCCACCCAGUGGACACCUUCCCCGGGUCUGUGGCUGUGCAAACUCAGCUUGUCUGCCCCUGCUUCUCUCCUGUGUUCUCGGCCACCACGCACCCAGCCGUCCACGUUAGAAAUCUCCGCAUCUCCCUCUCCUCACCACCUUCGAAAGAGCCCCCGAAUCCAGCCCAGCCUCUCCAGCCCUGGUGCCAGUGCCUUAGUGCUGUUCCACACCUCUCACCUGGACUGUGAGGGAAGCCUGAACUGUCUCUGGGGGGUUUCAGGGCUAAGCAGCACAAAGAGCAGGUUUAGAUGCGUUAGGGGGAGGGGGUGAAGAAACGGAAAGAAAAACUAGGUAUGAGGCCCUUCCUGAGGAAGCACGGGAGAACUUUUCCCCUUUAACAUAAUUUCAUUUUACGAAAGUAAUGUUUUCAUUGUAAGAACUUUAGAAAAUAAUAAAAGUUUAUAAUUCCACUACUCAAA